AUGUGCAUUGACAUGCGUGAAAGUGACAAACAUUGCGAGAGGAAAACAGUCCAAAGUUCUGGAGCUCGUCGGAAACCAACAAACGUAACCCACCACUUCCUGGAUCAUCUUCCUUCUUUGGCACUACUGCUCAAGCACCGUAUUCUUCUCCACGUUCAGUUGGAGAUCUCCCACAUUCUUCUCCACGAUUCUGAGAGGGAAAUCCCCAAUUUUUCCCCUUCAAAAACUCCCCCAAUAUUUGCACUUAUCAGGUUAUGGAAACUGCAAUUAGGUUUUAUUAUUUUCCCUCAAUUAGUCUGUCUCUCUCCUUCUACUCAUCUAUUCCCAAAAUUAUUCAAAGAAAGCACGAAAAAUCACUCCGAGCAGGCGGUGCCAAUACAUAGAUCAACUCACGCAUUGAAAUCCAGGAGGGUCCCUCUUGGGUCUCCAUUGAAAGAACAGCUUGAAGAAGAUGUUGGGGAAAGAGCUGUCCCUAAAACUGUGAUUGAAAGUGACAAACCCGUGAAGAAGAGAAAAAAGAAGCAACAUGUUACUGGGAAUCAACAGUUGGAAAACACGAUAAAAAUGGAUGCACCUAAAAGUGCUGAUGAUAUUGUUGCAGAUGUUGAGAGUAAUGACGCUCAAGACCACAAAGGAAUGAGUCAGGGUGAAGAGCUUCAUGGUGAAUUAAGUCAGGAUCCUCGCCUAGAAGUAUCCGCUGUUUUGACAGAACUGAUGCUGCAGCUUGAAAAGCCACAGGCUGGUAAGCACAAGGCCAGGAAACUUGAUCAACCUUCAUCUAUUGAUACUUCAUCUAAUGGACACAACUUGCUUGGAUCGAAAAAGAAAAAGGGCAGUGCAAAAACUUCCGAGCUUCAGAAAUCCGCUAGUGAUCAAAUCCACGAUAAGACUGUACCUUCGCCGAGUACUAAAGAAGUGAAUCCAACCCUAGCUGAACUUACCAACAGUACGAGAAAAACUGGUGUUCCCCGUGCAUGUUUGGACGAUUGGAAGCAAGUCUUCUGAAGUCUUGCAAAGUAUAGCAAGGAAGAUUCGUGAUGGAGGAAAGGCUAAGGAGCCAUCGAAAAAGCUGAAACUUCAAGUUCUAGUGCCACACAACCACCAGCAGACAAUUUAUCUUCAUCUGAUUACUCGGAAGGAGAGAGCGAAGGUGUCGCUUAAUAUUGCAGUCAAUAAUUCUUUUUGUGCAUCAAUUUUGGUCAUUGGAUUGCCAAUGCAAUGGGGAAUUUUGCUCUGUUUCAUUGGUGUUAUUACAUCUGCUGAUUUACUGAAAUUAUAGUGUGUUGUGACUGCAUUUUCUUCGCAAGUGAACUCUUCCUGUUGUUUAAACUCUAUAGCUUAGUACUACAAUCUUAUUAUCGUACAGCUUUUGAAGUUAAUUGAUUUCAUUUUAAGCAUUUUAUGUGGAUGUUAUUUGUGUCUAAAUCUUUUUUUUCCCGAUGUCUUUUGCCAAAUUCUUCAAAAGGUAAUGGAAGGACCAAAGCAAAGUAAGUGCAACAAUUUCAGCUACGUUUUUUAGUUUCAUCUGUUCCUAUAUUUAAGACGGAAUAUUCAUCCAUCCAGCUACGUUUUGACUUUCUUAUUUCAGGUAUUCAGGAAUAAGUUGGAGUUUUUUGCUGCUGCAAAAGUUUCUUAAUCGUUUCCCCCACCUGAUCUUCCGGAGAUUGCAUUUGCUGAUGCUGCUACAGUUGUUGUGUCGUACUUCGUUGGUUCUACAGAUAAAUCUCUACAAGUCUCAAAUUCUGUUCUUCUCCAUUUGUGCUCAGUUAGCCAGGAGUCAAGAUGCAAUAGAGAUUGUAAGCCAAAGCUGCAGGGAAGUAGGGAAUUCAUAGUAGCAGUUGAAGACCUUAUCUGUUACAAUUGGUUGUUUGAGCUCCUUUUAGGCACUUUUUACCAAAAUUGACUAUGGUUAACUUUUACUAAGGGAUGUCUUACCUUUAUGGCUUUCAAAGUGUUGUUUUCUAGGUGUUUGUUUGUUUUAGCUUGUACAAACGCUAUUUCCUUUGAGUUUAAUACAAUGAUUUUUUACCACAAAAAAUAGAA